GGUAAUGCAAGUGGCGGGUAAAUGAUUGUUGGUGGUGGUGAUGCAAGUGGCGGUGAAAUGAUUGUUGGUUGGGGUGGUGGUGAUGCAAAUUGUGGUGGAAAUACAGGUGCUGGUGGUGUUAAUUUUGAGAUAUCUGGUGGUGCUGGCGAAGAUGGUGUUAAUGGCAGUGGUGGGGAGAGAGCAAAUGGUAGUGGUGGUGACAAUAAUGAAGGUGGUGGCAAAAAUGGUGGUGAUGGUUGUGUAGGUGAAGAUGGAGCUACUAAGGGUGGUGGCGGAGAAGGUACUAAAGGAGGAGGAGGUGGUAACGCAAAUGGUGAAGGAGUCACCGAUGGAGGUGGGGGAGAUGGUACAAGAGGUGGCAUUAUAGGUGGAGAUGGAGUUAUGGGGGUUAAUGGUGGUGGCACUGGCGGUAAAGGCCUUUGUCUUGGCAAAAAUGGGUUAUUAGAUGAAGAUCGAUCAAAUGGCCAUUUCCCACAGCUACCAAAAAGAUACUGGUAGAAGGGAUCACAACUAGUGUUUGCAUUGGUCUUACUGCCCUUUGAUUUAUGAUGAUGAGCACUCUCACCUCUGCCUUUCU